CGCCUUUCCAGACUGGGGCCCAGUAGGGCGAAGGUUGUUCCCAAGGCCACGUGAAGGUUCCUCAGCCCCUGAAAGCCCUGAUUUAUGAAAGAAGAAAGCGAAGAUCGCCCCAACCUCUGAGACGCAGCGCCCGGAUGCCACCCGAGGAUCCGCUCGUGCAACAGCUGCCACCGCCGGCCGCGCGGCGCGAGCGCAGAGCGCACCCGAGUGCAGGUCACUGCCCAGCGAUGUCCCGCCACGGCCGGGGCGUGCGCUUCGGGCCGCCGCCGGAGCUGCCGCUGCUCCUGCUGCUGCUGCCUUUGACCGCCGCGGUGCAGCCGAGCCCAGCAGGAGUCUACUACGCAACGGUUUACUGGAUUCCUGAUGAGAAGACAGUAGAAGUAAAAAAUGUACUGGACACGAAUGGGGACGCCUAUGGCUAUUACAAUAACUCUAUGAACACCACAGGCUGGGGCAUCCUAGAGAUCAAAGCUGGGUACGGCUCCCAGUCCCUGGGCAACCAGAUCGUCAUGUUUGUGGCUGGCUUCUUAGAGGGUUACCUCACUGCUCCACACAUGAAUGACCACUUCACCAACCUCUACCCACAACUGAUCAAGAAGCAGCUCAUCAUGGACAAAGUGAAAGACUUUAUAGAGAAGCAAGAGCAGUGGACCCGGAAGAACAUCAAAGACUACAAGGAUGACCCAUUUUGGAGACACACUGGCUACAUCAUAGCACAGAUGGACGGGCUGUAUGCAGGAGCAAUGAAGAGGGCCAUGGCAGAAGGGACAAAACCCAUAACCAUGUUCCAGAUUCAGUUCCUGAAUGCUGUUGGAGAUCUCCUGGAUCUCAUUCCUUCUCUCUCUCCCACCAAAAACCCCAGCAUGAAGGUUUUUAAGAGAUGGGACAUGGGACACUGUUCUGCUCUUAUUAAGGUCCUUCCUGGAUUUGAGAACAUCUUUUUUGCUCACUCAAGCUGGUAUACGUAUGCAGCCAUGCUCAGGGUAUAUAAGCACUGGGACUUCAACAUCAAGGACAAAGACACCAGCAGUAGUCGCCUCUCUUUCAGCAGUUACCCAGGGUUUUUGGAGUCUCUGGAUGACUUUUACAUUCUUAGCAGUGGUUUGGUAUUGUUGCAGACCACAAACAGUGUAUACAAUAAAACCCUACUGAAGUUUGUGGUACCUGAGACUCUUUUGGCCUGGCAAAGAGUCCGUGUGGCAAAUAUGAUGGCAAAUGGUGGCAAACAGUGGGCAGAGAUCUUUUCAAAAUACAACUCUGGUACCUAUAACAAUCAAUACAUGGUCCUGGACCUGAAGAAGGUGAACCUGAGUAAGAGCCUUGAUAAAGGCACCUUGUACAUUGUGGAGCAAAUCCCUACUUUUGUAGAAUAUUCUGAACAAACUGAUGUUCUACGAAAAGGAUACUGGCCUUCCUACAAUGUUCCUUUCCAUGAAAAAGUCUACAACUGGAGUGGCUACCCACUGCUGGUUCAGAAGCUGGGCUUGGAUUACUCUUACGACUUAGCUCCUCGAGCCAAAAUUUUCCGGCGAGAUCAAGGGAAAGUAACUGAUGUGGCUUCGAUGAAAUAUAUCAUGCGAUACAACAAUUAUCAGAAGGAUCCUUAUAGUAAGGGUGAUCCCUGCAAUACCAUCUGCUGCCGUGAGGACCUGAACUCAGCUAACCCAAGUCCUGGAGGUUGCUAUGACACAAAGGUGGCAGAUUUCAAUCUAGCACUUACAUACACCGCUUAUGCCAUUAGUGGUCCCACAGUGCAAGGUGGCCUUCCUGCUUUUCGCUGGAACCGCUUCAACAAAACUCUCCAUCAUGGCAUGCCAGAGGUCUAUGACUUCGAUUUUAUUACCAUGAAACCAAUUUUGAAAGCUGAGAGGAAACGAAAGAGGGAGAUGAGGGAAUAAAGGCUACAAACAAGAUACCAAAGGCACUAUUUUAGAGAACUACUCUUAAUAAAAUGUAUUAAAUU